GUCACUGAGGCGCCCUGGCUCUCCCGAGCCGCUAGUACUGCUGGUAAAAAGAUGGGAAAAUCAGAUAGCCGUUCAUCGAAAAAUUUAACAUAAAAUGCCAGCUUUUACCACACCUGUCCGGAUGCUAGAAGACUGAGCUCCAGCAGCGAUUUGAGCUCCACUAGACAACGAAAAAGUUGAAGCGGCAUCAUCGGCAACACUCGACUGUUUCAAGGCAGCGCCACAAGGUCUGAAAGGAUUUACCUACAUCUGUUCGUCUGUUGGCUCUUUCUCAGUUAGCAGAAGAUGUACGGUAGCGCCCGCUCUGUUGGCAGAGGGGAUGCCAAAAACGGUGGAGGAAGAGACGGAGGCGGUGGUGGUAAUCAGGGAUCCGGCCGUUCACCACGCCUCCCUCGAUCUCCUCGGAUGGGCCACCGACGCACCAACAGCACCGGCGGCAGCGGAGGCGGUCCUGGAGGAGCGGGCGGGAAAACUCUCUCCAUGGAGAACAUCCAGUCCCUCAAUGCUGCGUAUGCCACCUCAGGACCCAUGUACCUGAGUGAUAACGAGGUUGCCAUGGCGGGCGACCACAUACCCAAAAGUGGUGUGACGGUGACCGCCGCAGGGCGACAAAGGGUGACGUACGGAUCGCGAGGAAGCAGCGGUGGAGUCGUGGCUGCUAGCACUCCCAAUAUCUCCACCACAGUGCCUGCUAACGCAGUGCUGCCUGCAGGCAUGAUGGCAGGGGAUGCGCUGGCGUUCGGGGACCACCACAUGGCCUCCACAGUGCCACACUCUCUAAGGCAGGCCAGAGACAACACCAUACUCGACCUGCAGGCCCAACUUAAAGAGGUUCUGCGUGAGAACGAGUUGUUGCGGCGAGAAGUGGAAGUGAAGGAGAGCAAGCUGAGUUCCUCCAUGAAUUCCAUCAAAACCUUCUGGAGCCCGGAGCUGAAAAAGGAGCGAGCCCUCAGGAAGGACGAAGCUUCCAAGAUCGCCGUUUGGAAGGAGCAGUAUCGCGUUAUUCAGGAUGAAGCACAGCACCUCCAGAUGACUGUUCAAGCCCUUCAGGACGAGCUGAGGAUCCAGAGGGACCUGAACCAGCUGUUCCAGCAAGACCCCGCCAGCCAGGGAAGGGAACUGGCCCUCACAUCUGAACCCACGGAAGAGAACUACCGGAGGCUACAUGCUGAACACGAGAGGCAGGCCAAGGAGCUCUUCCUCCUGAGGAAGACGCUGGAAGAGAUGGAGCUGAGGAUUGACACACAGAAGCAAACCUUGGUCGCCAGGGACGAGUCCAUCAAAAAGCUUCUGGAGAUGCUGCAGAGCAAAGCUCCAUCUGCCAAAGCGUCAGAGGAAGACCAGGAGAGGACCAGGAGGCUGGCUGAUGCAGAAAUGCACCGGCAUCACCUGGAGAGUUUACUGGACCAGAGAGAUCGAGAGAUUACCGCCCUCAGAGAGCAGGAGCUUCAUCGUCGCUACGAAGGAACUCCAGAGUCCACCAAAACAAAGGCUUUACAGACUGUUAUCGACAUGAAGGAUGCAAAAAUCAACUCCAUGGAGCGGAGCCUGAGGGACAUGGAGGAGGAGCUGCUCAUGAUGAAGUCCAACGGACUUCUGAGCUGCGAGGAGCGGCAGGAAGAGAUGAAACAGAUGGAGGUGUACCGCAGUCACACCAAGUUCAUGAAAAACAAGAUGGAGCAGGUGAAGCAGGAUCUCUCCAGGAAGGACUCUGAGCUGCUGGGUUUGCAGACUAAGCUUGAGACCUUAACUAACCAGUUCUCAGACAGCAAACAGCACAUCGAAGUCCUCAAGGAGUCUCUCACCGCCAAGGAGCAGCGUGCUGCCAUCUUACAAACAGAAGUUGAUGCCUUACGCCUGCGCUUGGAGGAGAAGGAGGCAACUUUGAAUAAGAAGAGCAAGCAGAUCCAAGAAAUGUCCGAGGAGAAGGGAACCCUGAACGGAGAAAUCCAUGACCUGAAGGACAUGCUGGACGUUAAGGAGCGCAAAAUUAAUGUGCUGCAGAAAAAGAUUGAGAACUUGCAAGAGCAGCUGAGGGACAAAGAGAAGCAGAUGAGCAGCUUAAAGGAGAGGGUGAAGUCCUUGCAGGCAGACACUUCAAACACAGACACGGCGCUCACAACAUUGGAGGAGUCUCUUGCGGAAAAGGAGCGAAUCAUUGAGCGUCUGAAGGAGCAGCGGGACAGGGACGACCGAGAGAAGACGGAGGAGCUAGACUGCUCCAAGAAGGAACUGAAAGAGCUGAAGGAGAGGCUGAGCUUACUGCAGGGAGACCUGUCAGACCGAGAGACCUCUCUGUUGGACCUGAAGGAGCACGCUUCAUCUCUAGCCUCUUCAGGACUCAAGAAAGACACCAAACUCAAGAGUUUGGAAAUAACCUUGGAGCAGAAGAAGGAGGAGUGCCUCAAACUGGAGAACCACCUAAAGAGAGCUCAAAAUGCGGCACUGGAAGCUCAAGCCAACACAGAGCUGGCGGAGCGCAUCAGGAACCUGGAACAGGAAGUGGUCCGACACAGGGAGGAUUCUGGAAAGGCUCAGGCGGAGGUGGACCGCCUCCUCGAGAUACUUAGAGAAAUGGAGAACGAGAAGAACGAUAAGGACAAAAAGAUCAGUGAGCUGGAGAGUUUGGCCUCCAGGCAAAUGAAGGACCAGACGAAAAAGGUGGCCUCCCUGAAGCACAAGGAGCAGGUGGAGAAGAGCAGGAAUGCUCGACUGAUGGAGGAGGCCAGGAAGAGGGAGGACAACCUGUCCGAAUCGUCCCAGCAGGUGAAGGACACUCUGCGUCAGAAAUCAGAGCGCAUUGAGGAGCUGGAGGAGGCUCUGAGGGAGAGCGUUCAAAUCACUGCUGAGCGAGAGAUGGUGCUGGCGCAGGAAGAGGCUGCUCGAUCGCUGCAGGAAAAACAGCACUCACUCAAACCAAUGCAUGAGUCCAACCUCUCCCACUUUAAGUGGUCUAAGAUGGAGGAGCUGCUGGGUGCCAUGGAGAAGGUGAAACAGGAGCUGGAGUCCAUGAGGGCCAAGCUGGCUUCUACCCAGCAGUCUCUGUGUGAGAAGGAGGCCCACCUGACAACCCUGAGAGCUGAGCGCAGGAAACACCUGGAGGAGGUGCUGGAGAUGAAGCAGGAGGCCCUUCUGGCCGCCAUCAGUGAGAAGGACGCUAACAUCGCGCUGCUGGAGUUGUCGUCCUCUAAGAAGAAGAAGACGCAGGACGAGGUGGCUCAGCUGAAGCGAGAGAAGGACAGGCUGGUGCAGCAGCUCAAGCAGCAGACUCAGAACCGAAUGAAGCUGAUGGCCGACAACUACGAAGAUGAUCAUUUGAAGGCUGCACACGACCACACAAAUCACAAACCCUCUCCAGAUCAGAUGAUACCCCCUCUUCUUGUCCUGUCCCAGAACCGCAGUAAGCUCAAACUCUACAUCGCCCACCUGACAGACCUCUGCCACGACCGAGACCCCAGCAUCCUCAGCCAGCUCACGCCUCCGUCUCACUACCACCACAGCGACCCUGAAGACUGGGAGGAGGAACUUCAGAAAAUGAGCAACGAACAGUUGAAACGGGAGACUGAGGUGUGUGAGAAGGAGAACGGGGAGCUGCUGGAGUUUGCCAAUUCAGUUCUCCAGCAAAUCGCAGACUUCUGCCCUGACAUCCUGGAACAGGUCGUCAAUGCGCUGGAGGAGUCAUGCUGACAAAUCUGACUUUGGACUUGAGCAAGCGGAGCCCAGGAAACGCCGACCUCCAUCCGAGAAGAAGAGAGCCGGCCGAGGCUUCAUCUUCUCCACCCUGCAUCAAGUUUUCCAGGAAACUGAAGUGCUUUUCUGUCUCUUAUGUCACUCUGAGGUCAGGCUGGCUGCAUCAAAAUAAGGAAAUUUACAAAGCAACACUAUGAAGACAUGUUUUAUUUAGUGCAAAUGAGGGAGGAGAACUAAAGCACACACAGUGGGGCGAUCUUUAUCUUUUAGCAUAGCCGCAUUGUAAAAGAUGUUCCAGAUGAAAGAAGGGAGCCUCACAAAGCCUUACCUCCAGCAGGAACUGACCUUCAUGAGGCACUUUUGUCUCAGGCUUUUACCUCUUUUAUUCAUCUCUCAAGCCUUUCAUGUUAAAAGGGGAACACGGACAGAAAAGCACUUUUUUUAUUUCUGGGGGAGCUGCUACACCCAAAGGGAGCAGGGUGGAGUCGAGUUCGGAGGUGAGGCCUUGUUUUCAGUCUCGCGUUACCCAUUGCAGCGCCAUCAAAAUGCCACUUUUUAACUAGAAGAGCUCCUGAUGCCCUAGUGUCGGUACGUUACUGCGUCGUCAGUGGCAGUAGAGGGGGAUCAAGGCUCAACCUUUCACAGAAGAUCUGAGUUUAGUUACUACGUUUAUUACCGAGGAGAGGAUUUAGAAAAGCUUUUCUUUCAUUUCUCGAUGGUUUUGCACACAGCGUCCACUUGUUUAUGAGGUAUGCAAUGUUUCUUUUUUUUUUUUUUGAGAACGUUCUCGUGGCCUUGGAGCAUGCACAGAGAUCAGUACAGGACCUAAAUGCAGAGGCUUUUCUGCCUCUGUAAUACUGGUGCUAUGGCAUGAUGUAAGAACUGAUCCUCAUCCAAAGUUUCUAAAGGAGUUCCUUAAAGCCCACAUACCGACGGCCCUUUUUUUUGUAUGCUCAGAUGCCUCUGUUGGUGUUUGUUUCUGUUUGUUUUAUUAUUCAGGGCUGAGUUUUUUAAUUACUAAGUGCAUUGAUUGACAUUUACAGAGGAAACGAAAGUCACUUUUCAAGCAGAUUUUGACUUUUUAAGGUAAGUUUGUAAAUAACGUGAUAUUCAACACGUACAGUAACUGAAUAAAAGUAAUAACGUGGAAGAUGUAUCGUGCAUUCUUAAAAGACAAAAAAAUCUGAAAAGUUCAAAGCAGUGCAGUUGUCUUUAGUGUCUAAUUUUGUCUCCCGGGACAAACGUAUGUGUGACAGUGCUGCCAUAAAUUGCAGAAAGUCUAUGUUCUAUAGAGAAAUAUAUAAAAAUAAGAUAUAUGAAAAGUUUACUGUAUCAAUAUGCAUUGAAUGUUUGCACAGAAUCUCCCAAGAGCGAGUUGCUCUGAACAAAAUAAGUGUUCUCAGCGGAAACUGAGGAAAAAAAAUAAAGUGUCAAAAUAAUGUGUGAACUAAAGAUGUUUCAAACCGUGUCUAUGUGAUGGGAGGGUGAAUUCUCUUGUUUAUUUCUAAUCGUCUUUUUCAAAUAAAUAUGCUCGCCAAACGGUGGCGCUAUCCUAAGACGCCCAUGUUGUCUUUUCUUAGUCGAUGGUUUUUGUUGGUGACCCUGAUGCAUAAAAACGAGCCUCCAGCUGUCGUAGCUCUCCUGCUAUCAGUGAUUAUAUUCAGCGGGUGUCAGAGUGAGAACCAAAGACACGGCUGGAGGUCAGAAAUGAGAGUUGGAUGCUUGUUUUUCUCUGUCAAACUGACUGAAGAGCUGUUUCUUUCCCUUUAGCUCCUUACAGCUGAAUUCAAAGAUUAUUCUAGCAGUGUUUCAUUCCCCUUUACUUUGGCCUCGCUUUCCUUUCUUCACUCAACGUCUUUUCUUUUUCCUUCAACUUUUUAACUGGGAACACAGAGCUAAUCAAGGGGCUUUAAGUUUGAUGUAAGUUUUUGCAUUUGUAAAAAAAAUUAAUAAUGUACUGCUGUCUGUUAAUGUCAAGAAUCAAACUGAAUUAAAAAAAAAGACAUGUUGGUUAUAUGGAUUUUGUAUGUAUAGAAAAGAAUAAAUUAUGAGCCUCG